AUUCAACUUUACACAUUUUAAAAGACUACGAGGUGACUUAAAAGAUCAAAUUUCUGUUUUUCACCAGUAGUAACAACUGUAACCACGACAACUUGAUGUAAACAACUAGCGUUCGGAAAAGACAUUAUUGAUAUGACAAGUUAUCAUAUGUGUUUGAGGAUAAUAUAUCGCCACCGUGAAGUAAAAGACUGCGAAAAAAUUCCUUUUCAGCUUUAACUUGUUUUUACAAUCUAGGCAUUUGCUUUAUAGUGAAAUCUAAGAGUUGUUUCUAACUUUCACAUAGUUCCAUAAUAUUAAAAAUUAAAGGAACAUGCCUGCUAAAGGAAAGAAGGGUGGAAAGAAGAAGAAGAAAAAUGAAGCUUUAACAAAAAAGAUUUUAUCAACAAUAAUCUCUUAUUGGAGGCGCUACGAAUCUCAUUGCAAUAAAACUAAUACUUGUCCUGCGCCAUCGUUGAAAGCUAUUAUGAACAAAUGUAAAGAGGACGAAAGUUACAUGACAAAAUUUAUAUUAGAACCGAAACCGGUUCAAACAAUAGAGGAUCCAAUUGUCCAGUUAGAACCUGUAAUGAAUGCUCUCAGAGAAGAACGUUAUACUAAUAUAAAAGCUUUAUACGUGUGGUCACUGACGUUGCGUUACAUCGAUGCUGUAGCAGUGGGUCAAGUUUUAGACAAGAUGAUUUAUCCUAUAAAACACUUAGAAUUCAUUGACAAUCUUAUGACUUCAGAACAAGUUGGCAGAAUAAGCCAAUCAUUUGAAAACAAUUUAUUUCUCUCGACACUUGUUUUCGAUUACAAUGAAUUUAGAGAUGAAGGUUGUAAAAAGUUAUGCGAUGGUUUGGCAUUAAGCAAAACCAUAAUAUCUGUGAGUUUAUGUUUCUGCGAUCUAACAUCAAUCAGUGGUAAAUAUUUAGCUCGGGCAUCGGCCCAUUCAUCUGUAAGGGAAUUGUAUUUAGAUGGUAAUUUGCUACAGUGUCACGGUGUUCAAGAUCUUAUUGAACCAUUUGUAGUUCAAGCGAAAAAAGAAGCGUUCAAUAGAGAAGAAGAAGAGCGAAAAAAAAAAGAACUUGAACAAGAAGAAAUUAAAAAAGCAGAAGAGGAACGACGCCGAAGAUUAGAUGACCUCAACUAUGUUCCACCUCAGCCAGUAGCAGAUACAGGUAAAUCAUAUUAUAUAUAUAUAAAAAGCAUAUAUAAACUAAUCUACAGAAAUUUUCAUAAUAUAUGUUAAGUAGAUAAAAAAAACUUAAUUAAUAAUAAAGUCUACAAUACAAAUAGAUGAGGAUGCCAACACGCUUUCAGAUAUAUGCAAUUCAGGUGGUUCCUUUAGAUGCAAGAGAAAUUUGAUUGAGAGCACUUUGUCUUAUUUGUCUUAUUAGAGUGUAAACUCUCCAAAAGAGAAGAAUUUUUAAAAUCACCAAAAACAAAAAAGAAACAUAUCAACCUCAUUCAAAUUAUUGUUUUUUUUUUUUACCUAAACACAAACCAUUAUUAAAUGACCCAUUAUCGUUUCCCCCUUUUUUUCCCUGUUUAUUUAUUACCCUCAAUUGGAUUUGUAAUUGAUUUGACCUAAUUUGUAACUUUUCAAUUUUAAAGUUCCAGUUGAAGAGAAAGAGAAGAAGAAAAAAAAGAAAAAAAAGAAAUCAAAACAGCCACCUCCACCUCCUCUUGUUGGUCCAUGGAUACAUAAAUUACAUAUUGCAGAUAAUGGAAUCGAUGGUUUGGAAGGUCAAGACAAAAUGGCACCAGUGGAGUGUAUGCAACAAUUAAGAGAAUUAAUUUCAACAAGUAAGUGCCUAGAAGAGAUUGAUCUUCAUGAUAACUUAAUAGGUGAUUUGGCUGGAAGAGAAAUAUGUUUCGGACUGGAAAUAAGAAAAGAAGAAAAAUUACCAAAUAUGAAAUUAAGAACAACACAUCGUCUAACCGCCGAUACCUUUACUCUAAUUAAGAAACUUGGAGCAGGCCUGCAGAAAAAGAAGAAAAAGAAGAGAAAGAGUAAAAAAUAAAUCUCAAUCCAACUGUCAAAAGCACUACUAAUACUUGCUAUAUUCGUUAUAUUGUACUGUAUACUUUAUAUAAGCUAUCAGUUUAUUUUUCUAGAUGAUUUAAAAAGAAUGUUUGACUAUGCAUAGUAUCUAUUCUCCUUUCUCCUUAUCUUAUGCAAAAAUUAUGGAUAUAAUGGAGAAAGUAUGUGACUUUUUAAGAUAUCUUGAUUUUCUAAACUGCCUUUAAGUUUACCUCUUUUAAUAACGAUGCAUAAUGAUCAUUUCAAGCAAUUCUUCUUGCUAUUGUAAUUAUUUUAUUGUAUAUUGUAUAUUAGGAAAAUUUCUCAUUAAUAAACAUCGUGAGAAUGCUUUUUCAAAGCAGAGACUAAUACUUGUGAACUCUCUUGUAUUUUUCUAUAAGCCAUAUCGGUUUCUGUUAAUAUUCUAUUCAUUUUUCCUAUUACUUCUUGAUUGCAUCUUAAUCUUUGCUGAACACAAUUAAGUCUUUGUUGUAAAAUUGUAAUAUCGUUCUCCAGCAUCUUCUUUUCUUCAUCAUCGCUUUGAAUUUGCCUAUUUAAUUCAUCUCUUUUAAACAUAAUCUCAUUCAUAGCAUUUAUUAAUUCCAUAUGCAGACUUUUAUUUUCCAUUGUUCUCUGUUUUAUUCAACAAUUUUACAUUUAAACGAAAAUAUUACAGUGUUUUUGCGGUUUUUGUU